AUGAGAAUUAAAAAUAAAACCUGGCUGGCUAAAUUUAACCUAAAUCCUGCUUUUUCUGCUAAUUUGAAUAAGUUACACCCUGCUUAUGUGACAGGGUUUUGUGAUGGUGAGGCAUGUUUUCAUUUAGCCAUAGGUGAAAACCCUAGAUAUAAAUUAGGUUAUUAUGUUAAUCCUGGUUUUUCUAUAGCUUUACACAAAAAGGAUGAAGAAUUUUUAUUAUUACUUAAAGAGUUUUUUGGUGGCGUAGGGGUAGUAAAACCUAGUAGUCGGUCUAAUAUGGUGGAGUAUAGAAUUUUUGCUAUUAAGGAUUUAGAUAUUAUUCUAAAUCAUUUUGACCUUUACCCUUUAAUCACAAAAAAAGGGGGAGAUUACUUACUAUUCAAGGAAGCCUUAGAAUGUAUUAAAAAUAAACAGCAUUUAACUGUUGAAGGGUUUAAUAAAAUUCUGGCUAUAAGGGCUUCUAUGAAUAAAGGGUUGCCCGCAAAACUACUGGAAAAAUUUCCUUAUAUUAAGGGGAAAGAAAUUCCUGUGGUGGUAACACCUGAGAGUUUAAACCCUUACUGGGUAGCUGGUUUUAUGGACGCUGAAGGUUGUUUCUUUGUAAAGUCUAUUUACAAUAAGAACAAUGAGCUUAGAUUUGGGCUAGGUUGUCAAAUUACACAGCACAGUCGGGAUUCUUUAGUUAUGCACAAAAUUUGUUCUUUCUUUAACUGCGGUAGAGUUGAAGUAUCUAGAAUGGUUUACGAUAAUUAUGUUGUAACUAAGUUACCAGAUAUAAAUAAAAUUAUCAUUCCUUUCUUUACAAAUUUCCCAAUACUGGGUUCUAAACGUAAAGAAUUUGAAUGUUGGACGGAUAUCGCCAAAAUAAUGACUUCAAAAGCUCAUCUUACUAACGAGGGAUCUGAGAAGAUAUUAAAAAUAAAACAUCAAAUGAAUACAUUUAGGAAGGAAGAUGAUAAUAAUUAG